AUGGAUUACAAAGCGACGUCUGACUUGUAUCUCAGUGCUGACGAUGAUUCUAACCCCACUUUUGAUCAACAACACCAACAACAUGAAAAUAACAAUGAUAACAAAUCUGGAGAUUACCUAUUUGGAAAUACAUUUAAAGAGGCCCUAGAAAAAAAUACUGAAAACAUCUCUACUGAUUAUACCUCCCACGACAAUUCUUUUCUGGUUUCUGGCAGUAGUAGUAACAAAGUCAAUGAUGUCAAUGAAGAAAAUGAAGAUGAAGAGGAUGACAAAAUGCAUGUUGAAAAUCAAAUAAAUUCUGACAAGGCACUCCAUAAUAACGAAAACAGCAAUCAUGAUUCAAAAUCCAAGUUUGAUUACAAAUCAAUCACAAAAACAGAAAAUGAAUCAUUUUUAAAUUUCAAUUCCAUUUAUAAUAACAACAAAGACAACAUGAACUUUAGCAACAACGAGUCCAAUGAUGAUACAAAACAUAUCAGCUUCAUAAAAGAUGAAAGUUACCCAAGCUUUCAAGCAAACAUUAAGGAAGAUCCACAUGUCACAGAAUCUGCCAUAUCACCAAACAGGGUACACAUCACCAUUGAAUCUCCAUUCAGUGACAAACCGCUGUUGAAAUCAGAAAUAAAUGCUACCAAAGAAGAAGUAAAUACCACCAAAGAUGAUAUAUAUAAUGAUGACACCGAAAAUGAUGAUGAUAACAAUAAUAACGACUUCAGCGAGGACCAGAAAUGUAACAACAAUAAUAACGAUAAUGGUGAUGUUGAUCUGUUUCAAAAUGAGAAUAAUGCCAUGCAGGGUCUGUACAAUUUCACGAACAAAUUAGAAAGUGAAUCCUACGACAACUCUGAAAGCAGUAACAACAACAAUAAUAACAGUAAUAAUAACAAUAAUCAAAACAAAAGUGAUCUUGAUGAUGAUGACAUGGGUGAUGAAGAAGAAGAUGAUGACAACAAUGAUCCAGACUACAUCAACCCUGACGACGAUAAUGAAGAUGGGGAAGAUACUGAUGUGGAGAAGCAUGAUAAUGAUGAUGAUGGGGAUGCCAAUGAAGAUGGAGGUGGUGCCAUGAAGAGGAUGGCAGAUUUCUUACAAUCAUCGGACAAAAACUGCAGCAAUGACAAUGCUGAUGGUGAUGGCGAUGGUGAGAACAAUUUAGAGGGAGAUAAUAACAACGAUGCAUCUGACCAGACAAAACAACAAAUUAAGAAGAAAAGGAAAAAAACAAAAAACAGGAAAAGAUCAGCCGAUAGCCUGGACAACACUGAUGGAGGUGGUGCCAAAAAACCAAGAAUGAAGAAGAAGAAGAGGAGAAGAGGUGAGACUUCUGCUGAGAAACGAGCCAAACUUGACAGAAAAAAUUUGUUCGAACGAAAAAACAUCAGGCAAGUUAAUUUGUAUCAAAUGUCUCCUUUUACUUAA